AAUAAUCGAAUUUUAAAUGUUGAUAACAUGUUUCGUUUUCACAACACUAAGAUUAAGUGCUUGUAAAUUGUAUUUCUUUUUAAAAGAAUUACAUGUUUUGCAACAUUGUACAGCACCAUGACUGAUGACCUGUUAGUGUCUGAACUAAAGAACAAAGAAAAAGCAGCAAAUGCGAAAAAAACACUAUUAUUCAAAUAAUAAACUAUAAAGAAACAUAAAUAUUAAACAAAAUAUAACAAAGGAAAUAAGUUUAAUAAUUAAAGAAAUUUUAUUAAAAUAAAUAAAAAUAUUAAACAAAAAAAUGAAAGAAAAUAUAUAAAAACUAAAAUAAAUUAAAUCAUAAAUAAUGAUAGUGCAAGAUACAAAUCGUUUGCAAUACAUCUAUUUCAGUUUAUCGGCUGCUAUAGCAAGUGCUUUAUUAAUAUUAACCUAUAUCUCUUUAAUAACGGAGGCAAAUGAAAAACUACGAGAUGAUAUUAAAACCACUCAAUUAUCUAUGACAUUGAUAAAACCGAUGUCCACAGCUUGGAACUAUAAUAACACAUGGCGUACCAUUGGUCAUGCCUCCAUGAAGCAUAAAAUCUAUUCAGCCUACUUUGAUAAACGUACUGAAAUUAUAGCCCAUCCUAGUAAAAAUAACCUUAUAGCCAUUGGUGCCAUAAGAGUGUUUGCCGUACUUCCAUUAAAAUUUAAAGAAGAUAUAAGCUGUAUUUUAAGAUCAGAGGAUUAUAUACUAAGCGAAGUUAAAGCUGAAGAAGUGAAAGCUUUACGAGAACAUCAUGAUCAAAAAUAUGCUGCAUUUACCAUAGUCUGUCCAUUAUACAAACAACAUGUUGCCAAUUCAAAGGUUUAUCUUCCUCAGGCAGUGGCCAUACAAUAUAAAAGCAAUAGUUUAAGUCACAUAAGUCCUACUUUUAUAUCCAUAAGUUAUCCCCGUGACAUGGACCAACUAUUUGCCCAGUCAAAGCCAGCCAUAUCCGUUUGUGUGGGUCCCCUACAAAGCAACUACAGCGACGUACUGCGUAUUGUAGAAUUUGUAGAGUUGUAUCGUAUAAUGGGUGCUACACAUUUUUAUUUCUACAAUCUGGAUUGUACACCAGAUGUUCAGCGUGUCUUAACGUAUUAUCGCAAUAAAGGUUUAGCGGAUAUUUUAGAUUGGAAUUUAAGAGAUCACAUAGACGAUUUACAUUAUAGCGGUAUAGUGGCCCAAUAUAAUGAUUGUGUUUAUAGAGCAAAUGUAGUGGAUAAUUAUCGUUAUGCCGCCAUUGUGGAUUUCGAUGAAAUUCUAAUGCCUCUUAAGCAUAAUUCUCUAUUUCACUUUUUAUUACAAUGCGAUGAGGGUCUUACGUCCGCGUUUAUAUUUCGUAAUGUAUUUUUCUUUAAGAAGGACAGCGAUGAUCGAUUUAGUGUACCGGAGAAGACCAUAAAUCGUGGGUUGUAUACACAAACUAAAGUUAGAAGAAAUCUAGAAAUUCUACCCGCCUAUACACGCAGUAAAUGUAUUGUGAAUACUCGUGCCAUUGUUGAGAUGGGCAACCAUAAGGUAUGGCGUGCAGCUCCCGGCUAUGCGGAUAAUGUGUUGCAUCCAACAGUGGGUUUGCUGUUUCACUAUCGUGACAAAUGUUUGAAUUGUAAAGCAGUUUUAUCAUUGGAUUAUACAGCACGAAAAUAUGGUUCACUUAUAUGGGAUCGAGUGGAUGAUGUGUGUUUGAAUGUGUUUUUGAAUCUCAAAGGAGUUUGUCCAUCGAAUUAGUAGUUAAGUUAAGGUUUUGAAUUUUAAUAAAAAUUGUGUUUUUUUUAA